UAAAAAUCAUAAUGAGUUCAAUAUCGAGGUUCACCUUAUUUCCGAUGCAGGCUUAUUCUAAUUUAUAAGGACUAAGUAUUGAGUAAUAGUGCGGAGUACCUCAUACCUGCGUAUUGUUACGUCAUUAACUUGAAGCUAUGCAAUCUGAUUUAAGUACUUAAAUUUAAGCUUUUUCUUAACACAGCUGCUCGCUAUUAGACGGCAUUUAUUUACUAACUUAUGCGUAAUCCUAAUAAAAACUAUUUCAGAGAUCAUAGUGUUACUUACGUAAAUACACAAAAACUAAACUUAACGGAUGUACUAUGUGGGGUACAUAGUCUGUGCGACAAACAAUUCGGGCGUCAAACAACUUGUCAAAGAACACACUUUUUGUGGUUGUAUCAUGUUUUUCCAAGAACUUUGACCUACCUAUGGUGAACUAAGCAAUUUAGGAUAACUCACCCGGCUAAAUGUUGGAGAAGGCCGAAGGGACUUGAAUUGUCUGUUUGAAUGGUUUUGGUGCAGUUUUUUUUUCAUUUCACAUACGUAUUAUCCGCUCUACAGAGUUUUGAAAAAGUUUGCAAAUUAUAUUAAAUAGUUCAGGUAAAGAGGUUUGUCUUGUUCAAUAGUAUUAUUUUAUGGAAUUACUCUAUCUUAUACGCAUAAUAUUAAUUGCAGUUAUUAUUUUUACUAAUUAUUUAAUAUUACCUGUAACAUAUUUGAUAGAAAUACUUUUAUAAUCUUUAAUAAAAAUCAUCAACAAUUAUCCAAAUCUAUCCAGUUCAACUUGAGCUACCCCGCCCCUCUUUCCGUUACAACAUAUAGUUGAAGACAGGAAAAGCAUACGGUUGCAAUAGGUCACAGAAAAAUGGUUAAUUAGUUGGUAGUGUAUCGGAGUCGAUCGCUGGACGCGCGUCGCUUGCGCAACGUAUAUAAGCGUAUAGUGCCCAAAUACGCGCACAGUCGGAAACGAGACCUCCGCACGAACGCAUAGUAGAAUAAUUAAAUUAUUUUAUUUAAUUAAAUUAAUUAUUUUAGAAAGAUGAAAGUGCAGUUGUGUCUGUUAGUUCUUUGUUCCGCCGCUUGUGCGUUUGCCGGGAAACUGCCAUCCUUCAUAACGCCAUGCUCGCGGUCGGACCCCCAGCUGAACACCUGCAUUGAGAAGGUGAUAUCAGCCGCCGGCGCCAAGUUCACCGAAGGCAUCCCGGAGCUGAACAUCGCGCCCCUGGACCCGGUACAACUGGGCACCGUGUUUGUCGACAACCCUUCAUUGAAGCUGACUUUUAGCGAUACUGUUGUCACAGGGUUGAGAGGUUUCAGGGUUAAUUCUUACAAAAUCAACAUGGAGAAAGGUAAAGCUACCUUGGACUUCACCGCAAACGUCACCCUGAAGGCGCACUACGUCAUGGACGGACAGAUCCUUAUCCUGCCCAUUCGGGGUAAUGGACAGUCUAAGAUCAAAAUCACGAACCUGAACAUCGUUAUCAAAUACGACUUCGACGAGAAGGACGGGCACUGGACUGUCCCCAGCUACAAGGACCACUACAAGAUGGACCGAGCACAGUUUAAAUUUACCAACCUGUUUGGUGGCAACAAGGAACUCGCUCAAACAACCGAAAGGUUCGCGAACGAAAACUGGGAGAUCAUAAUGAACGAGAUUGCUGGGCCUAUUUUCAAGCAGAUCAUCAGUAAAUGCGUCGACCAAGUCAAGCUGUUCUUCGACGCUGUACCGGCCUUAGAAUUAUUGCCCUGAACGGUGAGACAAUCCACACAGUAAUAAACACAAACUGGGAUCCGGUGAUGAGGGACAUAGGGCCGGUCGCCUUCCAACAAAUUAUCCAAGCGUGCGUCAACGAAGCCAAGAAACUGUUCGCGGCCGUGCCCUUGAACGAGUUGCUGCUACCCUGAAACUUUAUUGAACAAAUUUCUUUUACCUAACUUUACUGUAAAGUAAUAUUUUUGCAAAUUUUAAAGAAGGUUCUCGAAGAUAAAAAGAAUCGCAAAGAAUUCUCGUGUUUACUGAUUUUAUAUUCCACAAAAUGUAGCUCAACCGAUAGGUACUUGGCAAAAAAAUGGACUCAACAACUUUUAAAUUAUUCUGAUAAAAUAGAAGAAAAACUUCUUAGAAGAUACCUUCAUAUUUUCGUUAUUAUAAACCCAGUUAGGCACUUAAGAUAUUGGGGUGUUACAAUUAAUGUUAGAAUAAAUUAGUAUUUUUUAAUUACAGUGUUGUACUUAGCAUCAUGUCCCUCAUGUGACAACACAAAAUAACUAAAGACUGGGAUGUGUUUGAUCGUUCGUUUGUAGUAGCAUAAGUUGGUUUGAAAGUAAUUGUGAUAAUUAGUAUAAGGUAAUUAAUUUGGUAUUAGUUUUAAUUUAUUAAAAGUAAAUUGGUGCAAACAUA